AUGUGUUUAUAUCUAUCUAUCUAUCACAGUGCUCAUAUCUAUCUAUCUAUCUGUCUAUCUCUCUCUCUCUCUCACUCUCUUGUUCAUAUCUAUCUAUCUAUCUAUCUAUCUAUCUCAUCUUGUUGUUCGCAUCUAUCUAUCUAUCUAUCUAUCUUAGUGUUCAUAUCUAUCUAUCUCGGUUUUCUGAUCUGUUCAUAUCUAUCUAUCUAUCUAUCCUAUCUCUCUCUCUCUCUCUCUCUCUCUAUAUAUAUAUAUAUAUAUAUAUAUAUAUAUUCAUAUCCCCCCAUCAUAUCUACUAUCUAUCUCUAUCUAUCUAUCUCAGCUUGUUCGCAUCUAUUCAUCUAUCUAUCUAUCUAUCUUCAUUCAGUGUUCAUAUCUAUCUAUCUAUCUCUCUCUCUCUCUCUCACUCUCUCUUGUUCGCAUCUAUCUAUCUAUCUAUCUAUCUUAGUGUUCAUAUCUAUCUAUCUCGGUUUUCUGAUCGUUUUGUAUGUGUGUAUAUCUAUUGAUCUAUCGAUCUAUGUGUUUAUAUCUAUCUAUCUAUCACAGUGCUCAUAUCUAUCUAUCUAUCUAUCUCUCUUGUUCAUAUCUAUCUAUCUAUUUAUCUAUCUAUCUAUCUGA